AUUUUUUAGAGAUUGAUCGAAGUACCACAAAUUGCUUUGUUAGAGCACGUAUAAAAUGGCUGUGAUUUAUUCAUAUCCUUUGAUUAUUUUUUCGACAUGAAUCAUUGAAAUUGUACAUUUUAUUUCUAAAUUACACAAAAUGUCAUCUUUUACUGUGGUUCGCAAAAAAUCCUGCUGAUGCCUAGGGAGACGCCAAAGUUGUCCUGCGCAUUGAUGAUUCUUCAUUGAAAGCUAUAACAUUUUUUCAAUUACCAUAGACAUUUAUUCUAAUGCGAUAAUUACUUAUUAAAAGAAAAAAUAACAAGCCAAAAAUUUUAAUUGAGAAAAAAGUCAAAAAGUUUCAACUACGGCCUAAAGAGAACAUGAGAUCAUACGAUGAAGAAAGUAGCUCAGGAGAUGAAGGUGAUCACAGAGAAACUCUCUCUGAGCCGCAUUUAAAUCAAAGUCCUUGGAGAGGAUCUACAUCACAUCCAACUUGGGCUUGGGAGCAUCGUGGACAUCAACUUCCUGGACAAUCAAACGCAGCUUUGGAGUCAAUAGCAUAUCCAGCUCCUCCACCAGCUCAUCCUACAAUGCCAGUUCCUCCAACAAGUGGAUAUUCAAGCUCAGAUCAUUCUCAAAAUCAUGGUCGCAGAACUCCUUUGGGUACAGUAGGACUUGGAGGUUUUUACUUCCAGCAACAACCACAACCUUUGGCUUCGUCUAGUGCUUUAUCUUCUGAUGAAAACCGUCCAGAUCCUGAAAGGCCUACUGCAUCCAGACUUAAUUGUCCUCCAAAGUCUAAAAACUCACGUCAGGGAAAAAGUGUCAGAUUAAACAUCAAUGCUCGAGAACGUCGAAGAAUGCACGAUUUAAAUGAUGCUCUUGAUGAAUUACGUUCAGUUAUUCCUUAUGCUCAUAGUCCAUCAGUUCGAAAGCUUUCUAAAAUUGCUACAUUACUUCUGGCUAAAAAUUAUAUUUUAAUGCAAGGAAAUGCCUUAGAAGAAUUGAGGAGAGUUAUAGCAGUUCUCCAAUCUCCUCAUGCUCACACAACAGCUCUACCCCCUACACCAGUUUCUUAUGACUUACUCCAGGGAUUCCCAGGCAAACUUUUUCAAGGAGUUCCAGAAUUGCAAGGCAUUCAUGGUUUGAAUCCACCAGCUGUUACUGCUAGCAGUCCUCCAACUGAUAUAACUGUCUCCGCAGAUAUCACAAUUUCCGGUGCCGAAUCAGCCUAAAAUAUUUGAAAGUAAUUAACAUUCAAAAGACAAUGAGCAUAAGAAAGAACAUUUUUUGCUCUCCAAUUUUUUUCGGAAUGAUAGCCUUUGGUCAAAAUCAUUGAAAGUCUCUGUGAAAUGAUGAAAGUAUUAAUAAUAAACAAAGAGUCUCUUGGGAUAUUUAUCAAUUUAGAAAGAUAUUUUAAGAAUAUUAAUUACAAAUUGAUUAAUUAAAUGAAUUAAUUCAAUAAUUAUGAAUUUUAAAGCAAUAAGAAUAUGGCAAUGGUUUCUAUAAAAAGAGACUUGAGCUUGAAAGUUUAGAAGAAGUCGACUUUUCAGUCCCGUCCUGAAGACGAUAGUCAAUAUAGCAUGUGAUAUGUGUGAGAUUUAUUACUAGUCUUAUGCAUUAAUACAAGCAUUAAAUUUAUAUAUUUAUUAUGUCAAAUUACUUGGAUUAUUUACUAAUCGAUAUAUGUAUACACAAUAUUGUGUAUGAUAUUUAAAAUGAUAAUUAAUAAUAUAUAGAAAAUAUAUUUAUAGUUUUAUUGAAUUAAAGAAAAAAAAAAAUUAAAUAUGAAAAAUACUCGCUCAUAAAUAUUAAGUAACAAUACCAAGUGCCAAGGAGCAUAAGUAAUAAAGUUCAUUUUUAGUCCAAAUAUACAUUUUAAUUGGAAUAAAUUAAUUUAGAUUUAUUAAUGAUGAUACAAUUAAUUAUCACUGAUGAAUAUUUUAUUUAUUAAAACCAUCAUCAAUACAUCAUUGAUAUAAUAUACAAAAUCAUACUCAUUGUCUA